AUGACUUACGCCUGGAGAGUGGACGAUGUGGCGAGAGACGAAGCUGGCGCGUCAAUUUCCAUCGUAUAUGAGAAUAAAUACGAGUUCUGCGGAUACAACCUCAGAAUCUCUCGAUUCAUCAAUGCUAACCUCGGCUUUUCUGCUUAUGUCUGGGAAGCUGGUGUUGCCCUGUGCCAGUACUUUCAGAAGGAGAAGAUCAGCUUCACUGGCAAGAAGGUGAUUGAGCUGGGAUCGGGGACCGGAAUCGUAGGGAUUUUAGCGACUUUACUCGGUGGAGAUGUAACCAUGACAGAUAAACCAAACAUCCUGAAGCAAAUUGAAAACAAUGUCUCUAUCAAUAUUCCCGCUGCCUGCCAACAUCGUGUGAAAGUUCGUGCCCUGACGUGGGGUGAAGACCAAACUAAAUUUCCGACUGCCUACGACAUCAUACUCGGUUCGGAUAUUGUUUACAGCUCAGUUUCCUACCCGGCAUUGUUAGAAACAUUUCGCUAUCUCGCCAGGCAAGGGACCACGAUUUACCUCGCUACUGAAAUACGAAAGAGUAAUGAUUCUACCUACUUCCACGAAAAACUCUUGCCUCGAUAUUUUAACUGCCAGGUGGUUGAAAGUUUACAGACGAAAAGCGUCAUUGUGUGCAAACUGAGCAAACUUAGUACACCUCUUGAGGAUUGA